AUGGCCGAGGCGGCCCCGCACUUGGGAAACUUCUCUGAUGAAUCACUUGAUACCAGCAGUGAGGAUGACGAUGAUGACGACGACGACGAGUCAGAGGAGGAUGAGAGCAGCGACGUCUCGGAUCCCUCAGACAAAGAAUCCGAGGCUGAUGACGAAGCUUCGCUGAGAAAGGGCAGGAAGGCACGGGAAUAUAUGUCAGGGACGUCUGAGGAUGAUGAUGAGGAUGAUGAUUAUGAUUAUGAAAUUGAUGAAGUUGAUGAUGAAGAAGACGAGAUACCUGCUCCGAAAAAGGUAUAUGCUUUGCCGGAGAACACGGACGACGACGAGGAGAGUCCAUCUCCCCGUCCCCGAAGGAAACUAAGGAAUCCCCGACGACCGGCCAAGAAGUCAGCCGAGGAUCACUCGACCCCCAGGGCGAUUGAGCCUUCCUCCCCCAGACGUCGUAGGAAUGCCUCGUCUCCUCCCAGAGUCCCGUCUUCGCGAGCGUCGACCGCUGCGGCGGCGGAGCUCAUGUCGGAGAUUUCACCAAAGAAAUCUGCUAAGAAACGUGAUGCCGCUCGUCAAGAGGCCCGCCACGAGGCCCGCCAUGAUGCCCGCCAUGAGACUCACAGAAAGGCCAAAAUGGCAAAGUCGAGCCGGGGAAGUCUGCAGUCCUCCAACCGCCAGUCUAGCGUCAUGCUUUCCAGCACUAGCCAGCCAAUGACCCCAGAUAGCAGAAGGGAAAGGCCGCGUAAAAGGGAGAAGCACAGAGAGGAGAAGCCUGUCAAGAAAUCCUCGGCAUCGCGUGAGGCGCGAGAUCACCAUGAGCACGAGAAGCCGGUAAGACGCCAGCGGCGAAGAACCAAUGAAGAGGAUGACUACCGCCACCACGGUCAUGACGAGGACGCCAUGCCACAGAGAUUCAUGGACAUGACACUUCAUGAAGAGCCAUCUGACAUGGAAGACGACGAUGACGAGGCUGUGGGGAUGGAAGUUGGACUCGGCAUCUCUCCUACUAGCCGGCACAGGAAAGAGCAGCACAAGAAGCGCAGCAAAGGGAAAUACAGAAGUCAACAGUCGACUACCAUGCAGCCGCCGCCACCGCCUGCUCCAGAGCCGCCAAGGAGAAAGUCGGUUGAUGUGUUUGAUCAAGAGCCCGCAACGUUCCAGCGAGCGGACACAUUCCCAUCUCCCCAAUCAAAGUCAUAUGAAUCAAAGUCGUACGAAAGAGGGCCCUAUGUCACAGAGGUCCCCAGGGCCCGAGGCUCCAGAGGGGGUUCUAUGGAGAGACGCCUUGCUGACCGGUUCUCUGAGAACCGGCAAGGAAUGCCUCCCCGACCAGAUAUCCCAAUGGCACCGACCGUGCCCAUGUCUCCGAUGAUGCCUGGGGCCCCUCCUCACUCACAGAUGCCAGGGGCACCGUUCGGUGCCCCUCACAUGGGGAUGCCGAUGAGAGGUCCUGGUAAUGUGCCUCCGCCCAUGAUGAUGCCUCCUCACAUGCCACCUCAACCGCCAUACAGCACUGCUGCUUAUGGCCACUCAUACGGAGCCGUUCCAGCGCCGUCAAGAGAGCACAUGCAUUCUUACGAAUCGGAGCACAGGCACCGGCACGAGUACGAUGAUGUCCCCCGAUCAUCAUCCAAGAUGGCAGGGCUCGACGGAACCGGGGCCGGAAUGGACCGUGUUGAUGAGUGGCGGCGCUUCGUUGAAGCAGGAGGAGGGCAGGAUGAGCUUCGCACAUGCUGA